AUGAAUGCGCUUCAGGUAAAGGCUUCCAAUGGUGCCCUCAGUAAUGUCGAACAAGGAAAGAAGUCUCUGCAGCCGACUGUGGUGGUCAAGGAAGAGAGCAUCCAGCAUCAGGAACUAAACACAGCAAACCAGUGGAAAUCUGGAGAGACUGACUCCAUCACACCCAUGAGAGACAUGGGAGGAAAGGAGAAGAAGAUUUUGGUAAUGGCAAAUGUUCCCAACUACCAAGGGUCAGACAAGAGGACGCUGUGUAAUGAGUCUGUUUCUGGCAAGAAGAACGUUCAACUUUCCUCAUCUGCUGUACCACCACCGAUACCCAUGUCCCCCGUCGUAGAAAAGAUGGAGGGGCUGAAGGCGAUCCGCAACCGCAGCAACAGCCUACGUCUGGGCCGACUGGCCUUCUACCGGCACCUGGAGAAGGUGGAGACCAUGCGCUGCUUCUGGGAGCUCAAACAUGUGGAGCUGGAGGGAGGGAACCAGCAGGUCCUGCUGGUGGGAGGCAGGGAGGAAGCCAGGGUGGCGGGUGAAGGGUUCACUUGCUGGGCAGGGGGCUUGACAGCACAGAGACUUUUCUUGUCCGAGUCUGUGGUGAGCAAGAGACUGAUCAUUCAGCUGCAGGAGCGCGACUAUUUCAUAAUCAAUGUGUCGCCACAUGUCAACAACUCGUUGUCCGCCAUUUGA